AUGCGGGUCACGAGACACGUCAGUGCAACCCGCACACCAGGAAAACUUUCACCACUUCGUAGAUCACAGCUCGAUACAGAUCCAGUCAUGGCCGCACUCAGAGCGCUCGUCCUCGCGUGCGCGCUCCUCCUCGUGUCGACGUCCGCCUUGGCGCAGCGUGGUCCGCCUGGCGGAGGUCCUCCCGGCGGUCAGCGCGGAGGCCCUGGCGCCGGUUCCGGCGGACCCGGCGGUCCCGGGGGUCCAGACGGAAAGCCGCCGCACGGUCCUCCGUUGAACCUGACGGCCGUCGGGAAUCUGACGGCCAAUAUCGGCGCGCGACUCGCCAACUGCACAGUGGAUCAGAAAACCCUUAACGGCAGCUUCCACCUCGCCGUCUUCAAGAACGCCACCGGCAAUUACAACCUGCUGGUCGAAGCUCUCCUUGUCGACGCGGCGGGCGGUCCGCCCGACUCUCUGGCGAUCGUGAAGGGCGCCGUGUGCGACGCCGCCGCGACGGACGUGCUCGCGCUGCCGCUCGCCGCGGCGGACUGGCAGCAGCGCGCGGGGUGGUGGCUGCUGCACGCGGAGGCGCGCCUCGACGCGUUCCUCGAGAACGCGGACGCCGCCACCCUCGACGCGCUGCUCGCCGUGCUCCCCACCGCCUCGCCUCCGCCCACCAGCGGCGGCGGGCGCAACGGCGGAGGCAGCGCCGGCGGGGGCAGCGCGGGGGGCUCGCGGAACGGGCAGGGCGGGAGGCGCAUGGGACGGGAGCUGCUGAUGGGCGCAUUCGGGCGCGCUGCCAGGCAGGGGGGACAGAAGCAGGGGGGACAGAAGCAGGGGGGGCAGAAGCAGGGGGGAGCGCAGCAGGCACCUGCAGUGAGCGGGUAUGCUGUGCUGGCGGGCAGCAGCGCAGCAGGUGUGACGUGGGGCGGGCAGCUCAUGGGCGCCAAGACGCCCGCCGCUGCUGCCGCUGGUGGUGCUUAA